UGAAACAGUGAAAAUGCAAGUGACUUAAGUGCAGUGUUCACGAUGGAGAUCGCAAACUUAGUUUUGACACUUAUAUGUGUCAUUUCAUUCACAUGCACGCACGCGAAAAUAGGUUACUUCUGGCACAUAACGGACUUCCACUACGACCCGUUGUACACCCCUCAAGGCGACACUAGAAGACACUGUCGGAGAGCGGACGAGCGGGGCAGUUCAGGCCACCAUAGAGCGCUCGGCCGCUUCGGCGACUAUUCCUGUGACAGCUCGCUCGAGCUGAUCGAGUCGGCCGCGCGAUACAUGCGCACGCGUCACUCGGAGAACGUGGAAUUCGUGCUGUGGACAGGUGACAUCAUAGCCGCCCGGUACACUGGCAACGAAGACACAAAGUACCAGGCGAUCAGAAACAUGACGGAGCUGUUGAGCCAGACCUUCAGUUCCCACUUCGUGUUUCCAGUGCUGGGACACCUGGAUCCAGCACCAUCUGCAAGCCUCACUAACUUGUGGAUGCACUGGCUGCCGUUGGAGGCUAUGCAGACCUUUCAAAACGGCGGGUACUACACAAUAGAACAAUCCUACAGCAAGCUAAGGAUAGUGGUCCUCAACACCAACCUGUUCAGCGUGCGAGAGUCGAGCAGCCCUCACGCCAAGCGCCAGUGGGACUGGCUGGACGCUGAGCUGGAGAAGGCAACGACUAAUAAGGAUAUGGUAUACAUAGUAGGCCACGCCGCCCCCGGUUCGGACUCCCGGUAUCCGUACGACACGUCUCCGGACGCAAACGCGAAAUACCUCCGGACGGUGAGGCGGCACGCGCGCAUCAUCGCCGGACAGUUCUUCGGACACCUCCACGCUGAUACGUUUAGAGUCAUUUACGAUAAUGAUCGCCCAGUAUCAUGGGCUCUCCUGGCGCCCUCAGUGAGCCCGCACCGCGAACCCGGAGGAUCCUCCAACCCUGGGCUUAGGCUUUAUAAGUUUGACACCAAUAAUGGAAAGGUGCUAGACUACACGCAGUACUACCUAGACUUGGCUGCUGCGAAUCGCAACGCAGGCGCAGCGGAGUGGACGGCUGAGUACAACCUCACUCAGUAUUAUGGGCUCCACGAGGUCUCCGCCAUCUCGCUACACAACCUGGCCGACAAGCUGCGGAUAGGGACUCCGCAUGAAACUAAUGUGUUUUACAAAUACCUCCGAGCAUACAACGUGCGAUACGAGAGCAACGACAACUGCGAUGGUGCGUGCGCGCACCAGCACUUCUGCGCGAUCACGUGUCUCGAGCACUUGGCAUACCGCCAGUGUGUGGAGGCGGCCGCUAGCGCGCUCGCAGCGGCCGGCGAUUCCGCUCCGCUUGUCGCGUCGCUCAUGACGGUACUCACCCUUAUUGGAGUUGCGCUUAUGUUGUAAGUGACUUUUUUUUGUGACGUGAAAACACGGGAUUGGAUAUGAUACGACAUUUUGAAGUAACUAAAGAUUUUGUAUUGUAUUAUUGCAUACGACACUUGAAGUAAUAUAGUGUGUUGUAUUUAAUACAUUGUGUUUUGAUAAGAUAAAUAGGUAUCCUUGUGUCCUAUUCAAAAAGUUCUAACAUUUCUUGAGAAGCAGCUAGUUCUAGCUUAUGUAACGAUCUAGACUAAGUAACGAACCAUGUGACAGUUUUCAGCCUAAAAGCCUUUUUAUUCUGUAUCCAAAUACCCAUUUUGUUAACAAUUUGAAAUGAGAAGUACGACUGGGUUUCAUACAUAAUCUCAGAGGAAAUACUUGUACAAAAAUAAAACGACAAACUGGUAUAAACGUAACUUAUUCGCUCCACGUUUCACUCGUGACCGAACCACUUUACUUGAUUUCGUAUUUAUUCUUAAUUUAUUUGGCAUUUUUCUAUUUAUUUUGUCAUGUUUUUGACACAAAUAUUGUCGAUUUUAGCGAAUGUCAUUUUGAUUUUCCCUUCCCUUUUUCCCAAUCGCUCCAAUUACUUGUUUGCUUUGUAAUUUGGGUGACAUACGUGUACUUUUUGGGUCAGGGCCGUAACCCCAAUCAAAAAAUACACCCUGUAUGUUUCUUGUAACAUAAUACUAUUACAUUACUCUUAAGCGGACCGGACACUGGGUGGGAAUGAAGGAAUAACGGUUAUAGUGCUACAAGGCUAUUUUGUAUGUAAACAGAUUUAAAAUGUCAUUACCAAGGAAGGAAUGACAGUAAUAUUGAUGUCAUUAUGACUGACAUUGUCUGGUCCGCUGUAAAUUAUAAAAUAAAUAUAAAAUGUUAACUUUAUAAUGUAUAAAUAGUGUAUAGUCCCGAGUUUUGUACUCAUCUAGUUCGACUAGAAAACCUAUUUUUAGAAUAAUGGAUUUUGUGCUUCAACUAAAUGUAAUAAAGUAUGUUAUUGGAUAGCUCUAAUACGCGUUUGUGAUAUAGCUUGCUACCGUACUAGGUAGAUAUGUUAUUGUUUAGAAUAUAACAAAAGUAAAGUAUUACAAUUAGUGCAUAUGACUGUAAAUAAAUGAAAAUUUAAUUUAACUCUCGAACAUUUAUAUUUAAAAUUAAAUACUUAAAUAUUAAUUAUUGUCAAUAAUUGAAUUUUUAUUUAUUUUAAUAUAGUGAAAUCAGAAGUUUUUUAUACGAUGUAAUCAUUUUUGUUUAACUUAAUAAGUUACGUUACGUUUUCCUACAUUAAUAUGUAGAUAAUUAUUUAUUGUUGAGAAAAUUCUGUAUUUGUACAUCUGGAUUCGUCUGUAAUUAAAUUAAUAUUAUAUAGAUGUACUUAAAAGUAAAUUAAUUUUAAUGUAAAUAACUAAAUUUAAACCUAAGUUUCGAAUUGUAAAUGAGGAACAACUAGCGUUUAAGCUCUACAUUAAAUAUUGCUUUUUAUCUCAUUAUUUUAUUACGACCAAAAUGUCAGUAAAAUAAUUGUCUAAAAUAGUGUGAAAACAA